AUGAAGGAAAACUUGACCGAAGUCACUGAUUUUUUUCUACUCGGAUUUCAACUCCACGGGUACAACAUUUACCUUUUUUCUAUCAUCCUUAUCGUCUAUAGUAUGACGCAAACUGGCAACUUCCUGAUCAUCAUUUUGGUUUCAUUCUCUCAGCGACUUCAAUCUCCAAUGUACUUCUUCCUCAAGCACCUUUCUAUGUCUGAAGUAUUGUUUACUUCAAAUAUUGUCCCCAUCAUGUUACACAUUAUAUUGCAUAAGGGCAUCACAAUGUCUUUUGUUAGCUGCAUCACACAAUUUUACCUGUACAUUGCUUCAGGUAGUGUAGAGUGUUUUAUUCUCACAAUAAUGUCAUAUGAUCGUUAUUUGGCCAUCUGUAACCCAUUAAACUAUGCUUAUAUUAUGGACAUCUUCCUUUGCCGUAAAUUGGUUCUUUCGGGUUGGAUUUUGUGUUUUACAUUGGUACUAAUGACUGUUAUUCUUAUAUGUCAGCUGACCUUUUGUGGUUCCAAUGUAAUUGAUCAUUUCUUCUGUGAUUUUGCGCCUCUUGUAGAAAUAUCUUGCUCAGACACAACUAUUGUGAAAAUAGAAGUCUUUGUGCUCUCCAUUCCAGUGGUUACCUCUACCUUUGCCUUUAUUAUUGUGACAUACUUAUGUAUUUUUAUUGCUAUCCAUCGUAUUUCCUCCAAUACUGGAAGGAAAAAAGCUUUCUCCACUUGCAGUUCUCAUUUGGCGUCUGUGUGUUUGUAUUUUGGACCCCUCAUUGCUAUUUAUAUGGUUCCAUACAGGAAAAAUUUAAUUAAUGUAAACAAAAUAUUAUCUUUGUUAUAUACUGUGGUGACUCCAUUUUUUAACCCCCUUAUUUAUAGUCUGAGGAACAAAGAGAUCAGGGAUGUUCUGGAAAAACUUUUUAAUAUAAGAAAAAUAUUCAGCUAA